CCAUGAGCCCCGCCCCGCGCGCCUAGCCCCGCCCCGCCCCGCCCCGCCCCGCUCUGGCCGGCCCGGGGUCGCUGCCCGUCGCCCCGCGAUGAAGGUGGCCGUGGACUUCGAGGAGUGUCUGAAGGACUCGCCGCGCUUCAGGGCUGCUUUAGAGGAAGUGGAAGGAGAUGUGGCAGAAUUAGAACUGAAACUUGAAAAGCUAGUAAAGCUUUGCAUUGCGAUGAUCGAUACUGGUAAAGCUUUUUGUGCUGCCAACAAGCACUUCAUGAAUGGAAUUCGAGACCUUGCACAGUAUUCCAAUAAGGACGUAAUAGUUGAGACGAGCUUGACAAAGUUUUCUGACAGCCUACAGGAAAUGAUCAAUUAUCACACAACCCUAUUUGACCAAACCCAAAGAUCAAUUAAAACACAGCUUCAGAUGUUCGUUAAAGAAGAUAUUAGAAAAUUUAAAGAUGCAAAGAAGCAGUUUGAAAAAGUCAGUGAAGAAAAAGAAAAUGCACUAGCAAAAAAUGCUCAAGUUCAAAGAAAUAAACAACAUGAAGUAGAGGAGGCCACCAACAUUCUCACUGCAACACGAAAAUGCUUUCGGCACAUAGCUCUGGAUUAUGUUCUUCAGAUUAAUGUUCUUCAAUCUAAGAGGAGAUCAGAGAUCUUAAAAUCGAUGUUAUCCUUUAUGUAUGCUCAUCUGACCUUCUUUCAUCAAGGCUAUGAUCUAUUUAGCGAGCUUAGGCCAUACAUGAAUGAUCUUGGAGCACAGCUGGAUCAGUUGGGUGUAGAUGCUGCAAAGGAGAAGAGAGAUAUGGAGCAAAAGCACUCCACUAUUCAACAAAAGGAUUUCUCCAGUGAUGAUACUAAGCUAGAAUACAAUGUAGAUGCAGCCAAUGGCAUUGUUAUGGAAGGGUAUCUCUUUAAGCGAGCCAGCAAUGCCUUCAAGACUUGGAACAGGAAAAAGCCAGAUCACAUCAGACGCUGGUUUUCGAUACAGAAUAAUCAGCUUGUUUACCAGAAAAAAUUUAAGGAUAAUCCCACAGUAGUCGUUGAAGACUUGCGGCUUUGCACAGUUAAGCAUUGCGAAGACAUAGAAAGACGUUUCUGCUUCGAGGUGGUCUCUCCAACAAAAAGCUGCAUGCUCCAAGCUGAUUCUGAAAAGCUGCGGCAGGCAUGGAUUAAGGCUGUUCAAACCAGUAUAGCUACGGCAUACAGAGAGAAGGGGGAUGAAUCCGAGAAACUAGAGAAGAAAUCGUCAUCCCCUUCUACAGGAAGCCUAGAAUCUGGCAGUGAGUCAAAAGAGAAGUUGUUAAAAGGAGAAAGUGCGCUACAGCGGGUUCAGUGUAUUGGUGGUAACAUCACCUGUUGUGAUUGUGGCCUGGCAGAUCCUCGUUGGGCCAGUAUCAACCUAGGAAUCACAUUGUGUAUUGAGUGUUCUGGGAUACACAGGAGUCUAGGAGUUCACUUUUCAAAAGUUAGAUCCUUAACACUAGAUACAUGGGAGCCUGAACUUCUAAAGCUGAUGUGUGAAUUGGGGAAUGAUGUCAUCAAUAGAAUAUAUGAAGCAAAAGUUGAAAGAAUGGGAGUUAAGAAGCCACAACCUGGAAGCCAAAGGCAGGAGAAAGAGGAUUAUAUCAGAGCAAAAUACGUGGAAAAAAAAUUUGUGGAGAGACAGCCUGCAUCAGUGUCUCCUGAGCAUGGAACAAAAGUUCUGCCUCAAAGUCAGGAGGAAAAGAGGCACAACAUCCCUGAAAAAUCCCCUUUGGCUGGUGAACAUGUCACAGCUUCUCCAACAGCGGUUGCUGUAAGUAGCGACGAGGUGAGGCGGGAGUCUCUGUUCUGUCCUGAUGAGCUAGAUUCACUCUUCUCCUACUUUGAUACCUCUUCAAAACUGCGUAGUAUAAGAAGCAGUGACAGUGGGACCCAGCACAGUGCCAAUGACCGUAGAGAACACCUCGCUUCCACCAUCUCCACAAACAGUUUGUAUGAGCCAGAAGGAGAAAAGCGAGAUUCUUGUUUGUUUCAUGAUUCAAAACAGCUUCAUCCAGGACUGCAGCUUUAUCGAGCUGCCUAUGAGAAGAACCUUCCUGAUAUGGCAGAGGCAUUGGCCCAUGGAGCUGACGUAAACUGGGUCAAUACAGAAGAAAACAAAGCAACACCACUGAUUCAGGCAGUCUUAGGGGGCUCAUUGGUUACAUGUGAGUUUUUGCUGCAGAAUGGUGCCAAUGUCAACCAUAGGGAUGUGAAAGGAAGAGGACCACUACACCAUGGCACAGUCUUGGGGCACACUGGGCAAGUGUGUUUAUUCCUAAAACGAGGAGCAAAUCAGCAUGCCACUGAUGAAGAAGGGAAAGACCCUUUGAGUAUAGCUGUAGAAGCUGCAAAUGCAGAUAUCGUAACUCUGUUACGUUUGGCAAGAAUGAAUGAAGAAAUGAGGGAAUCAGAAGGACUUUAUGGACAGCCAGGAGAUGAAACUUACCAGGACAUUUUUCGUGAUUUUUCUCAAAUGGCGUCCAAUAAUCCAGAGAAGCUAAACCGUUUUCAGCAAUCAGAUUCACAGAAGUCUUGAGUGUCUAAGAAGAAAAAGAACUAAACCUGGUUCUUUUCUAAUGCUUCUAGAGCAGCAGUCUUUAUUUUUUUAAACUGCUUUCAUUAUGUGUUUUUUGUGAUAUAUUUGGUAGUCUGGAUUGAGUGAGCACUCUAGUGUAGCCUUAGGCUGGGUGGGAGGUGUAAUUUGCUGCAUGUGAUUCAGGGUGAAUACUGCAGCAGCUGGAGAUGAGCUGUUUUAGCAAGGGAUACUGCCUCUGAUUGGAGAGAGUUUUUUGUUUUGCCAUGUGGGGGCAGGAUUAGGUUGAGUCACACUCAAGGCUGGCGGAAGCUGGGAGCGUUGCAGAACUCCUCCUCUGUCAGUGGUGUGGGAUGACCAGAUCCUCACUGCUCAUGGGCAGUCGCUAGCAGCACAAUUUCCCCAUGCCUCCCGUUCUGCCUAGCUGUAACCCUACAGCUCCUAUCUCUUCAGGCAAGGACCAGCUUGCCUUUUCCCUCUCCAGUCUGUUUGGAUGGGAAAGCUGGUGAUCACCUGCCUGAACUCCCCUUCUGUACAUCUGCCCAUGACACACACACACACGAUCCUCCAUCUCCUCUGCCCGGUGUGCUACUAACACAGGAAAUGAUGAUGACGUUGCAGGCUCUUCCACAGCUGACUCCUUCUAACCAGUGCAGGCCAUGAGGCCAGUGACUGCUGUCCUGUCGCUGUACGUAUGUAUUCUGGAGGACCACAUGUCAGAAAAGCAGCAACUUCCCUAUUUUACUAUAAGACUUGUUGUGAACAAAGUUGCUUGUUUGAUUGAUUGAUUCUCUGUGGAACUUUCCCUCUGGAGUAAAUUUGAUCCCCUAAUGCCAUCAAGUUUUGUUUUUAAUGCGUUAAACUGACUGACAUCAAAAUGCAUCUCAAAAGCUGGAAUUAGGGAGUAGAAAAUAAAUAGUGAGCCAAGCAGAACAUUAACAUAGGACAGGCAUACCAAUGAAAGGUUGCCUCUCCUGCCAAGCUGUUGUCAGGAUUGUUCCCAAUAAAGAAAUAUUAAAACACUCACAAGUUAUGCAGCCGUCCUACACUCGGGGCAAUCAAUCCUUUUUGCCAGAGCCUGCCAUAAUAUAAUCUGUGUACUGGCUCUCUAAAAUAGGGCAUGUAGUAGAAAACCUGGAAGUCUUACUGUACGGCUGCUCUAAAAAAAGAAUAUAAUCAGAAGUGGUAUUCUGUUGGCAGCAACCAGAACUUUUCAGUGGGCUCCACCCUGUGUUCUGUUGAUGUGCGCAUGCACAUGAUGUAUAAAAGUAAAGAUUUAUCUGUGUAUUUAUAGUAGAUAGCAUAUAGAUAGAUAAUAUACAUCUGAGCCCCAGAAGCAUCACAGACUUUUAGUUAUUGGUCCUCCAUUUGCUGGCACUUUGAACAGUGUAAGAAGGAUUUCUAGGUAGGCCUUCCAAACUACUGCAGAUUUCCUGUAAUCUUCGUCAACUAUUCAGAACAAUAUACUAUACUGCUGCUAAAAUUUACUUUGGAAAUAAGUGAGAUUUAAAAACAUUAGCUUGUUACAAUGCAGAUACAGAAGGGGCUUUCUAAAUUUAUGUAAAUGUGUGAUAAAAUUAAGCUUUUCCAGGCAUGUUACAUUUCAGAGAGUUUUUUAAAUAUUUAUCCUUGUGCAUUCAAUAGCUAAUCAAAAAUAAAAUAUAUGAAAAAUUUUUAAUACCAGAAUAAGAUCUUCAUGCUAUAGAAAGUGUCCAAUAGGUUAUUGUGGUAAAUGGGUGAAUUUUACAGUCUCAUCAUUGCUUUAUUUGUAGCCUAAUUACUUGAAGCAAAGUAAAUUGUGCCCAUUUUAACUGCAUUGAUUUUUGGAGAGUAAUACAUUUGCGGUUACUGCUUACAAAUGAGUUUCAUAAGCUUUUUUAAUAGGAAUUGGUUCCUGGAGAACGAUUGGGUGCUCUCUGAUUUGUCUCCUUAAAUAGCAUUCUAUCUUGAGUAAGUUAGAGCUUAGAGAGUAGAAGCUUCCACACGUAGAGUUGGGACGCUGUGUAAGAUACGCCCAUUAUAGAAUACUCAUUUCAGAUACACAGUUUUGUCUAGAUGCCUUGUCCUCUUACGUUACAAAUAAUGCUUGGUGUACAGUGAGAGUGACUGUACAGAAAAGCUGCCUGAAGCUUCAGGGCACAAUCACUGUCUUUAUUCCGUAGUGCUGAAAGAUAUUGGAAGUCUCUCCUCUGAGAUGCCCCAUGCCAUAUCUCCACCUUUGUGACCAUUGCAACAUUUCCUUCCCAGUCACUCAGGGCUGCUGCUUAAACUUGCAAAAGGGUUCCCUAUAAAGCACAGCUCUUUCUCUGUAGCUGUGUGGAGCCCCUGCUGCCUUCCCAGCUCUCGCCAGUCAGGGGAGUGAGUGACCCAGCUUUUGAUACUGUGUUUAUGCUAAAUUGUAGAAUCUGCUUGGAUUGUUUGUCAGUGCGUGAUUGUAUUCGAGUGCUCUGACAGAAGACCUAGAGUUUGUAAAAACUUGAAGUCGUUUUGGCAGCCCAGGCUAGGAGGGGUAGUUCCUUGGCCUGGUAUGUGCGCUGAGAUGUGCAGUGUAAUGUGCGUUCACCAGAAGAGCAUUGUUGUGAUCAUCGACACACUGACAAAAAUGGACAUGCCGUGAAGCUAUCUGGUGUGUAGCAAGAUCAAGUGUUCAGUUUGCAGGACGAAGUAUAGUUGACCCCCCCUGGCUUUAGAAACGGUGCUUGAUGGGCAAAUCUGUAACUCAUGUGUUGCUGUUUUGCUUAGUAGUAUUAGGAAAUUCCCACUCCUGCUGUGAGGUAAAUCUGAAUAUAACUUGAAUAGUAUGCAUGAAGUAAGACUCUGUUGGGCUUUAGUAUCUGCUGAGCCAUGUGCCAAGUACUGGGAAAGUUUAGUUCCAGUUCAUAUUUUCAUCUAUGUGUAGAAUACAACUGGCCUUAACUUGUGGAGAAGGCAGCAGUAUUUUCUUAACACAGUUUAAAAUAAAUUGAUCAUUUAUUUUAGGCUUUUAUUAUCUUUAUCCUAGCCAGGGCCAGAUGUGCAGAAAGACUUUUGGAAUGAGUAAAUAUGGAAAAGCACAUAAUACAUUUUAGCAUACUUUUGGACAUGAUUUAUGUAGGUUACCUGCUGGUUAAAAUUUUGGCUAUAAUGUUUCAUUACAAUCUGUACUUGUUUUUAAGGCUUCCUGUUUUCUGUUACUUUGGGUACAAUGCUUAUAUAUUCAGGUAUUUCUGUACUCUGCUGAAUUUUAUACUAUUUGACAUAUUGAAAUUGUUAUCCUUUUCCUUAAGUUUGAGUGAAUCCAGUAGGUGGUAGAAGUCUUGCUUUGCUUUCACUCAUGUUGCAGUUGGAACAUGCACAUCAGUUCAUUAAUACAGGGUAGAAUUUAGUUUCCUCACCUGCGCAAUUGGGACCUAAUCUCAACCUCAUCGAAAUCAGCGGGAGCCUUCCCAUUGACUUCACUGAACUCAGAUUAUGCUCUUAACGAUUUAUAAUGUUCAUGGUAUGUUGGAAGAUAACUGUCUGUCUGUAUCUUUCACUUGUAGGGAUUCAUUUUCACUUGCUUUACAUGUAGACAGGGCUGACCCCUCCAAGUGCUGUUGAUUUAUCAGUAAAUUCUCCAUGUAAAAUGGAGUGUCUUUCUCUCAUUCUGAAUCAUGACUUGUACCCACAGCAUGUUGUUUGAUGUAUAGCAAUUAUAUGUAAGCACUGGUGCAAGGGAUACAUGAGAACUAGAAGAAGUGUAACAUUUGCUAUAAUGUUUUCAGUGUGUAGACAGCUGCUGGGAAGCAGGGAAAUCCUGUUUAACAAACGUGCAUGUGAAGUAUGCAUUUUAAUAAUCUCUGAAUGGCACAGAGAACAUAAAAGGACCAUUUCAUGGAAUUCCAAAUGUACAAAUGCCUUGAGUCCAAGGCACGAGUAUUUGUAUAUCAGAAGGAUUAGAACUGAUGAUUAAGAUACUGAAAGCAUUUUAAAAGCCAAUUCUGAAAAUAUCCACUAUCCAUCCACUUACAGAUAGGUAAAGAAUGUUUUCCCCAGUUUAAUACAAUGCCAUGGUUGAUGCUCCUUUGCACAGAGUUCUGCCUGACACACACGUGUCUCGGUAUAGGUAUCUGUUUGUACAAAUGGGCACUUUUUUAAAACAGUCAGCCAACUAUGUACAGACACGAUGGGAGGAGGAGAUGAAUGUACUUUUUUUAUUUGCAUUUUCCCCCUUCACCAUUCUUUCUUUACCUUUCUGCGUACUGUAUUUCUUCUCUCUUUUCCCAUGGAAGGAGAUGGUAAAGAAGGAAAAUUCCCACUUGAUUUUUAUCCUCAGAUCAGAAUUUUUCCCAUGUUAUGAUAGUAAUUACUGAGGAAUCAAACCAUGUUUCCUCAAACUGGAUGGUUAUUCUGUUUGGAGUGAUAAAUGACUUUCUGUACCUAUCCCUAAGUACAUCUUUACUAGACAGUGGUUUUGAACCAGUCCAGUAGUAAAUUGUUGUGAUUUUUUUUUUUUUUGGUUUUCCUAAAUGCAUAAUUGGAAAGAAUGUAUAACCAGUCCUACUUCGCAUUUAAUAAGUCUAUAGACUUUGUAUCAGAAACUUGAAUGUAGUUUUAUUGUAGUUUCAUUGUAAAUGAAGAAAAAUACAUUAUCUUAAUAGUUACUCUAUGUACAUUAUGUAAGAAUUGUAAAUACUAUACUUGAAUAAAGACUUUGUAUGCUGCAAAA